CCAUUCUUCUCCCACAAACUCUAAUCGUGGCUACCGCCCAGCCACUUGUUCGCUGGGAGGUUUGGGGCUGUCGAUGGUUUGGUCCAGCUACCCUGAUCAUCCAGCAUGUGGUUACUGGGGCACGAGGUCCUGGCGUGGCUCAUGGAAAUCAGAUGGAUCUAAGCAGAUCACAGGCCCUGGUCUCCAUCAGCUCCCUUGUUUCUUCUUUGCUCCCAUGCAAGUAUAUUAAGGUAGCUGUUCCCUUUCGUUUGGUUUUGUUUCUAUUCUUCUCUACUCCGCGCUUUUCGUCGCUCUACAGUACAUACGCUUCUCGUCUCCGACUUCGCUCGCUGGCUCUUCUUCGACUUGCCUCUUAUAUUCAAUCCCGAACAUUUACGCCUGGAGACAUCACAGCCGAUACUUGUGCACGAUGCCGUCCCAAGUGUUUUUAAUAUCCCUAACGCUCUUCAUGAGUACCUUCACUUCCGCCCUCCUAUCCUUCCCGCCUGUCAAAUUCAACCAGAAGGUCAUUGGCCCUUCUACAAACCCCGCAGCUACCGCCGUGUCGUACCGUCUCAAGGACAAGUACGACUCCUCAAACUUCUUCAGUUCCUUCUCCUUCUUUACUGGCUCCGACCCAACUCACGGCUUCGUCAACUACCUCUCCCAUUCCGCCGCGGCAAAUGCAAACAUCAUCUCCACCGGCAACUCUCAAGUGAAACUCCAUGUGGACCACACAAAUGUGGCACCCACCGGCCGCGCCUCCGUGCGUCUCACUUCCCAGAAACAAUACACUCACGGCCUAUUCAUCGCAGAUAUCGCGCACAUGCCCGGUGGCGCCUGCGGCACCUGGCCAGCAUUCUGGCUCUUUGGGCCCAACUGGCCAGCCUCAGGCGAAAUCGACAUCAUCGAGGGCGUAAACUUACAGACCACGGACGAGAUGACGCUGCACACCUCCGCAGGAUGUGUAGUCGAUAACCUGGGCUCGCUCCCUGGAACUACGACGCUUGAGAGGAACUGCAAUGCCAAUUCAGGCUUCAACGGCUGCUCGGUGAGCACGAGCAACCCGCGAGGCUUUGGAACGGGGUUUAAUUCCAUCGGUGGUGGGGUGUAUGCUAUGCAAUGGGAGAGCUCUGGCGUAUAUGUCUGGUUUUUCCCACGGGGCUCUGUGCCUGCUGAUAUCAGCUCUGGGGCGCCGAGGACGCAGAACUGGGGGCUGCCGGUGGCGGCAUUUAAUGGCGGAAACGGCUGCAACAUCGACCAGCAUUUCAAGAACAUGAACAUAGUUUUCGACACUACUUUCUGCGGAGAUUGGGCUGGGGGCGUGUGGGGUCAAGGGGCUUGUGCUUCUUUGGGGAGUUGCGAGAGCUAUGUGGCAAAUAAUCCGCGCGCGUUUCUAGAGAGCUAUUGGCUUAUCAACUCGGUUAAGGUGUAUCAGUUGGGCUGAGUACCAUGAUAACUGGGGAGGUAUGAUAUUGUGUUAUUUAAGGGAGGUGUCCUGUGAGGUCACACCUAGGUCCCGGCUACUGUUGAUGUUGCACAAGGCCACGCGAAAGCCAUGCAAGUGACCAAUACCGAGGGGCUGGAAAGGCGAAGCUGCCUAUUAUGGCACGAAGAGGCGACGCCAAGUGAGCGGACGAGGGCUGAUAUAAGAAUAUAUAUUUGCUAUAUAUAUACUUAUAAUAUCUAUUAUUUUGGGAAUAAUGAGUUUUUAUUUUAUUUUAGAAUUAUGCAAGAAACCCUAGAUAUUACUUUAGAUCUAAGAAU